AUGGCCAGUAAAUGUUGUUGGAGUCUUGUUGAAAAGGUUGAUGAACAUAUUGAAGCUAUUAACAAAUACUUUCAUGCACAAUCUGAAGUAGCUACAGAUGGAAGAUCUACAAUUAGUACCUGUUAUUCUCCUGGAAAAGGUGAAUAUACUAUGAAGAAACAUGGUAAACAUCCUACAGUUCUUAAUUAUAUACUUACAUCAUCAUCGGGUAUUAGUUUGGCACAAAAUGUAUGUAAUACUGCUAAAGAAGCUUCAUUUUCUAUACUUGUUAAUAAUCUUAAAAUGAAAUGUCUAUCUUUUGUUGUUGGUCUUGAUCCAUCCCAAAGAAUUAAAUUGUUACAACAAAUUAUGAAAAUUCAAAAUAUAUUUGGUUCAGAUAAAUGGUUAUCAGAUCAACAAGAAAUGCUCGAUAUUUCUGGUUUUGAAAUGUUAUGGAUUUACUCUUCAAUUGAUGAUUUUGAAAAAUUAUUACGAGAACUUCAUUAUGAAAUAGAAGAAGCAGCAGCUGCUGCUGAAAACAUAACAACUGAAGCAAUGAAAAAAUAG